CUUGACAAUUUCGGAAGAAAUGUAACACAUUUACAUAGCUUACCGAAGACUACUUAAAUAUUCGUGGGAAGACAAAACAGUUCUUAAACUUUACCAAGAUGGCGGUCUGAUCUCCCGCGCGAAGCAGAACCGAAGAAAAAAUUUGCCUCUCAAUUUUGUGCCAAGUAUCAAAAUGGAGAAGGGAAAUACGCCCACCCCAGAUCCACCCGAGGUAGAGAAAGAAGCAAGUGGCAGUUCUGAUAAUGCUGAACCCGAGGAACAGUGGUCAUUUGUGACAACUUGUAAGGUUUGCGAUGGCGAUCUUACAAGUCGAGAACCGAAGCUAAUGCCGUGUCUACACACAGUGUGCAAGGAGUGUGUGAUGAACGUAGCCAGUGCAGACAAACAAAGUUGUCGCUGUCCCAUCUGUCGUCAAGAUUGUCGCAACGUCAAUGACAUCAUCGACAACUACUUCUUGACAAGUGCUGCGGCAUCUGCUUCAUCGGAGAACAAUAUCAAGAACCCAAGUGUUUGCUUGUGUGAUGAUAAAUCGGAGGUCUCUGCCUUCUGUCAGGAUUGUAUGGAGUGGUUGUGUGAUCCCUGCGUACAGGCCCAUCAGCGUGUACGCGUCACCAAAGAUCAUGUGAUCAAGGAGAAAUCGGAGGUUGCAAGUACUUCAGGGGAGAGCAAUGGUGGACGCACGGAACAGAAACCGUUAUUUUGUGCCGUCCACCUGCAGGAACAACUCAAACUUUACUGUGAGACCUGUGAGAAGUUAACGUGUAGAGAUUGCCAGCUGCAAGAACACAAAGAGCAUAAAUAUCAAUUCAUCGGUGAGAUUGCAGUUAGGCAGAAGUCGGCUCUCCGGAUCCUGCUUGGUAAACUCAACGAGAAACAGAACUACGUACAGCAGACCAAGAAGCACAUUCUUAGCAAAGGGGAGGAGCUUCAGAACAAAGAGCAGAGAGCGACUCAGGAAAUACGCAACCUCGUUUUUAGAUUGGUAAAUGACAUCACACAGCGAGGCAAGAAACUCCUGAGUGAUUUGAAGGGGGCCUGCGACGCCCGGAGGAAGAUGUUCGAUCAGCAGAUUCUAGAAGUCCACCGCGUGGAGCAAGCUAUCGAGCACUCGGCCGAUUUCACCAAGCGUGCCCUCCACUCUGAAAACAUCACUGCACUCCUCUACAGCCAAAAGGUCAUAGUUCACCAGUUAGUCUUCCUCCUUCGGAUCAUGUGCACGCGGCAGCCGAUCGCAGGGCUUGACAUCAAAUUCCUAACCAAUAUGCAACACAUGCCAAAUUUCUCACAACUAUGGACUCUUAUGAUUCACGACCCUCUACAGGCGGCAAGUAGUGGGCAGCCCCCUCAGGCGUCAGCACAUACAGGGUCACGUCCUCAAGGCCAAAUACCUACACACCCAUCUAGCGGUCCCGUACCCCAUGGGUUGUUAGUCGGGGGACCAAUGCGUGGCCCUGGUAACCGGUUACCCAGUCCAGGUCAAGAGCUACAACAGAAAAUAAACUUGCACCAGUUAAUGAGUCGGCGGCAAAACAGCGCAGAAGGUAGCCCUCACAGUCCGCAAAAUCGACUAAUUGAUCCAUCGCAUUCUCCGGGUUUCCAGCCUGGCCUCACACCCAUGUCCGGACCCCAAAGGAUUCACUUGCCGCCUGCAUAUCGCCCAGUCUUCCCCCGACAGGCGACAAGCCCGGCAGUGCCCACCAUGAUCUAUCGGGCAGGCCCCGUGCAGCAGAAAUACAACUUUCCACCAGCGAACCUCUCAAUCGGGCAGAUGUCCAAGCAGAUGUUAUCCCAAGUCGGAAUCAAUACGUCCGAGACGAUUCCUAAUAUUCCACCCAUCAUUCCUCCAAGGCCAAGUUCCAAUCAAUCCCAGACGGGACUCAGUCGUAGCAACACCCCAAGCUCCCCACUCCUGGUCAGCCCAGCUAGUAGUGGAGAUGAGACAAUACAGGGUAACGGGCCGCGUAUUAAGGACGAGUCGGUGACCUCUAUGGGAGAACGAGCGAGCUGCAGUGUUGUAGAAGGUCAACAACAGAGGGCCAAUACUUUCUCCCCUCAGAGUGUGUCAUCUGGGUCGUCGCAGGCAGAUGUCAGUCAAGCUGGCACAACAAACAACAAUAGUAACGACCAGCCUAACACAAGUCGGUCAUCUCCAGCUAUUUCCAAGGGUGAGGGCGAUCGAAGCAGUUGCAUGAUGGGAAGUAAUGGGCCUUUGAAUGUCAAACAGGAACCAGGGUUGGAGGAAAGUCACUCGUUACAGCCCUCAAGCAGUGAAACCCAUGAAAAUGGAAAACACAUGUCUCCCCGUACCCACAGUAAUAGCGAUCCCAACGAAGAUUGGUGUGCGGUUUGUCACAAUGGUGGGGACCUUCUCUGCUGUGACAGUUGCCCACGGGUCUAUCACCUGUACUGUCACGUCCCUGCCCUCACCUCUACACCAAGUGACUCCUGGGUCUGCACUCUAUGUCAGGUACCAGAUGACGGCACUAAUAGAAGUGUGUCGCCCUCUGGGACUAGCAGAAAACGACGGAUAAGCUCAGCGCUUCCUGAGAAGGAGAAGAUGUUAUGUGAGAAGGUCCUGCUGGAGAUCUACUGCAGCGAAGAUAGUAUUCCAUUUCAAGACCCAGUCAGUCGAUCGGUGCCGAACUAUCACAAGAUUAUACAACACCCGAUGGAGCUAGGCACGAUACGAAGUCGUCUUCAGACCUCACACUUCAACCACUAUCAGACUGUUUUAGAAUUCAUUGAUGACUUCAAACUCAUGAUCCAUAACUGCCAUAUAUAUAAUGGGGAGGAAUCCCAUAUUGGUGUCACAGCUACAGCUCUCAACCGUUACUUCGACGAACUAAUCGAACAACAUCUUCCUCAGUAUGUCUCACUCUUAGGGCAUAACGAGGAGACAGUCGCCCGGCCGGUCAGACCCGCUAGCGAGGGAGACGACGGAGAACGAAGAAGGAAACGCAAACCAGAUAAAGUGUAUCACAUUGCGCCCAUGCAUAUCAAAUGAUAACGGGCCUUGCUCAAACUACAUGUAGUGUGUACACUGUAUUAGAUCCAAUAUUUUUUCUAUUUUUUUCGCUUUGCCUCGCAGAGUAAUUUACUUAGCAGUAUUUUGUACUUAAAAACUUCAUUAGUACGUCCCCUUGUUUUUGCUGAGCAGUUUGCUCUGCGGAUCUUGAUCCUGGAACAAAUACCUUGAAAAACUAAUUUAUUUGUGAAACUUUAAUUCUGUAUCUGGCCGCCACUUUACCUCCCUUAAUUUAAGGUCAAUUGAGAUCCCUAUCGGCAGCUGGUUUCACGAAACUUUACGCAACUGCUCAACGUGUAUGGCGCAACUUUGCUCCAUAAACGCUACGCAAGUGGACUUAAAGGCAGUGGACACUAUUGGUAAUUACUCAAAAUAGUUAUAAGCAUAAAACCUCACUUGGUAACG